AUGUUGUUCAAAUCUUUCAUCGAGCUCUGUGGGAUCGGUGGUGGCUGGCUCAUUUCAGCCCUGCCGGAAGCCAUGAAUCUAUUAAGUUGGAACUAUCACGGGCUUGGGAACCCCUCGGCAGUUAAUGGGUUGAAAAGUAUAAUCCACGAAGAAGGUCCAAAGAUUGUUUUUCUAUGCAAAACUCCUUGUAAUAGUGCUCACAUGAAGAAAUUGUCAAAGCAACUUGGUUUUAGGGGAUUGACAAGUGUCAGUAGUACAGGUUAUUCUGGAGGUUUGGCAUUGUUCUGGAAGGAAGAGGUUUUCGAGAUUUGGGCUUCAAUAGGUAUAAGUUUACUUGGAAGCGCCACUUCGGGGCUGGAUCGAGCUUUGGCUACAACAUCUUGGCAAAAUCUCUUUCCGGGUUUUUCUGUUCAGCAUUUGGACCCAAGCCGAUCAGACCAUCUUCCCAUUCUUGUGAGAAUACGGCAUGCAACGUGCCAAGAAGAUAAAGCAGAUGACUUGGGUGCUCCAAAGAUGGAGUAA